AUGCUACUGAUUCCCACCUGCAGCUUUUUCGAGAUUGUGCCCUGCGCUGCGCAUGCCCUUGUGAGCCCGGCCAGUGCCUCCAAGUCACUAAUCGACUUCCCCGCCUCCAGCACCUGGUCUCAGAAGCAGGGCUUGAUAAGUGGCGAGACGCUUGAUUUCGACUAUGCGCUGCUGUGCACGGGCAGUUCUUACCCAUCCGGGGUCAAGCCCGAUAUGACCAAGCUGCAGGACAGGGCUAUAACUGCUGCCAAGACGGUGGUGGUGGUGGGUGGCGGUUCGGUGGGCGUGGAGGUGGCUUCUGAAGUGGCUGACGCGUUCCCUGACAAGAAGGUCACGAUCGUGGCAAGCGGCGACCUGCUGGAUCGCAUGGCCCCCUCUGCACAGCAGUAUGCAGAGGAGUGGAUGAAGAAGCACAAUGUGGAGGUGCUGACAGGGGAGCGCAUCAGUGAUUGGGGCGGCCUGGACGACAACAUGCCUGCCGCCGCCACUCUGAAGACCUCCAGCGGCCGCACUCUGGCCGCAGACCUGGCUUUCAAGUGCGUGGGAGUAACUCCCGCCACCGGCACCUAUGCAGCAUCCCUGAGCAGCGAGCAGCUGGGCCCUAGAGGCGCCAUAGAGGUGUAUCCCACCCUGCAGGUCAAGGGCUGGCGCAACGUGUUUGCUGCUGGAGACUGCAACAGCAUUGCAGAGGAGAAGACCGCGGCGAUGGCUGGCCUGUCUGCACUGGCGGCAGCUGGAAACAUCAUUGCACUCGACAGCGGCAAAGAGUUGAAGCCUUACUUUGAGCGCAUCUUUGGGGGUGUCAAGCCACCAGUGUGUGGAGGCACCAGCCUGGGCAGCCAUGAGGGCGUAAUGCAAAUGGGGCCCCUCAACGUGCAGAUCGGGAAAGCGCCGGCGACAGUGAAGGGCUUCAUCACUUGGAUGUUUGGGCGCAUAGUAGGUGGCAGCAGAUUCUGGGGUUUUUUGUAUCGCCGCAUGCAAAACUUGAUGGCGUCCGGGAUGGCCAAGGAGGCACGCAGGGUGGCUGCCGCUGCAGCAACCGUGAGCGUGGCGCCGGCAUCAGGGUGA